GAACGCCACGAGGACAAAGCUCCGUGCUAUAAAGUGAACGGGAUAUUUCGUCGAACGAAGCGGAAACCCUAGCGCGGCCCCCAAAACCCCAUCGUCUCCCUCCCCGUUCCUCGUCUCUUCUCACUCCUCUCUCCGCUCUCUCUCGCUCUCAAGAUGAAUGUCGAAAAGCUCAAGAAGAUGGCCGGUGCUGUUCGCACUGGUGGAAAAGGCAGUAUGCGCAGGAAGAAGAAGGCUGUUCAUAAGGCAACGACAACUGAUGACAAACGGUUGCAAAGCACUUUGAAAAGAGUAGGAGUGAACGCCAUACCAGCUAUUGAAGAAGUUAACAUUUUUAAAGAUGAUCUUGUUAUCCAAUUUCUUAAUCCUAAAGUGCAAGCUUCCAUUGCAGCCAACACAUGGGUGGUUAGCGGUUCUCCACAGACAAGAAAACUACAAGAUCUGCUCCCUGGGAUCUUUAACCAGCUGGGUCCUGACAACUUGGACAAUCUGAGGAGGAUCGCCGAGCAGUUCCAGAAGCAGGCUCCUGCUGCCGGUGCCGACAACAAUGACAACACCGCUCAAGAAGAUGAUGAUGAUGUACCGGAACUAGUUGCAGGAGAGACAUUCGAAGCUGCAGCUGAAGAGGCCAAAGCAUAAGAGUUUUUUCCUCUUUUUUUUUUUCGUUGUUUUCAUCGCCGAACCCAUCGCUGGUUCAGCCGUUUCUUCUUUUUUGUUUAUUUAUGGUUUAAUCUGGAGAGCAGGCUUUUAAAUUUAUUAUAGAAAGACAAGCAUGCAUGUUAGCUACUCUCAUCCGGCCAAGAUAUGUAACUGAUGUGAUAAAAUAUCGUGCUGUUCUCGCUGAGCUUCUCCCACUUUAAGAUUUUGCUACUUGUUAUUUUAUUUUCCAAGAUUUUCCAUUCAUUGUUA